UGGAUGGAUGUGGAUGAAUGUGGAUGUGACGGAGGGAGAAGAUUCAGAUUCAGAUUCCCACAACCUCGGCACAAAACGGGGGGCUCGCGCCUGUGCGAAUUCGCGUCUCGCCGAGAAAGAAAAAGACAUAUACACACACACACACACACACACACAAACACACACACACGCACACACACACAUUCAUACAUACACACAUACGCGCACACACACGCGCGCGCGCUCCGGGAGUGCAUUUCUGCAGUGCAGGACUCUCUCUCUCACUCUCUCUCUUUUUUUCUCUCUCUUUUCUUAUUUUGGGACCAGGCUUUUUUUCUUAUUCUCCUUCUUUUUUUAUUGGUGACUCUUUUAUGGAUGUUCAAAGUGGAAACUGAGAAAUUGAUCGGAGGACAGCGCAGCCGCGAGCGUCUCAACUUUCACGCGGACGGGGUUUUUAUUAUUAUUUUUUUGGCUGCGGUGGCACGAGCGCAAAGAAAGAAGGAAAGAAAGGAAGGAAAAAAAACAAAAACGGGGGAAUUGUUGGGACCCUUUAAAGUGCACAUAACAGUUCCUUUUUCUCUUUUUCUUCUUCUUUGUGAAACAAACAAACAACAGCAAAAAAAGAUCAGAUCCGCAUCAGACAUCAGGCAUGUCCAGCAGCUUGGAUUGACGCGCUAUCGGACAUCCAUCCCUUCUUCUUUUUUCAAAUUAGUCAGCUCGUUUCAGUUCGGUCGGAGGGAGGGGGGUGCUGGUCAUCAACUUUAGGGUGAUGCCUGCCCUGCAUGUGUGUGUGCGCGUGUUUUCGGAGUGUGUGUUUUUUCCCCCCUCGACCUCCUCGCACUGAGCUUUAACAGAGCGCCCUGCGCCUUCUCUCAUUCAACUUGUUGCACUCUUCAUCAUCUUCAUCAUCACCACUGUUAUUUCAUAAGAUUUAACAACAGAGGAGAUCCUGCAGAAAGCGCAAAAAUUACGACGGACAGGAAGAGGAGGAUGAUUGACAGAAAGCAAAGCUGAGACGGCUGUCCAUCAAAAGUAUUGGCCCUCAGAAGACGACCGGUAUCAGACGUCUCCCUCUACCUUUCUUUCUCUCUCUCUUUGUUUAUCGCCCUCGGUUCUCCCAGAGGAUUCAUAUAAAGAGUAGAAGAAGCUGGCAUGUUCCCUUACCUUCGGCACCCUCAGCUCGCAAACACUCGGAUUAUUUGGUAAACUCCUUGAAAAACGCGUCCACACACACUCUCUCUGUAUCCAUAUUUGCUCGGUCUGUCCAUCCGCGUUCAGGCAGCCAUGCGCGUGUGGUUGAUGGUGACCCUCCAGGCGGCCUGGCCGUGUUUUUUUGGACUGGCCAUGCAACACUACCCCACCACGUGGGGUCACUACGACAUGUGCAAGUCGCAGGUUUACACGGACGAUGGACUCACCUGGGAUUACAUGGCCUGCCAGCCCGAGGCUGCCGACAUGACAAAGUUCCUAAAAGUGACUCUCGACCCUCCAGACAUCACCUGUGGAGACCCGCCUGAGACCUACUGUGCCCUGGAAAACCCAUACAUGUGCAACAACGAGUGUGAUGCAACCACAGAGGAACUCGCCCACCCUCCAGAACUCAUGUUUGACUUCGAGGGUCGUAACCCUUCCACCUUCUGGCAGUCCUCUUCUUGGAGGAAAUAUCCUAAACCUUUGGCAGUGAACAUCACACUAUCCUGGAACAAGACCAUCGAGCUGACAGAUGACAUCGUCAUCACGUUCGAGUCAGGCCGUCCUGAGCAGAUGGUGCUCGAGAAGUCUCUGGAUUAUGGGAAGACAUGGCAGCCAUACCAGUUCUAUGCCACAGACUGCUUGGACGCCUUCACCAUGGAGCCAAAGUCGGUGCAGGACCUGUCCCAGUUCACACUGCUAGACAUCAUCUGCACAGAGGAGUAUUCACGUGGCUAUGUCUGGAAGUAUGACAAGACUGUGCGCUUCGAAAUCAAAGACCGCUUUGCCCUGUUUGCUGGACCACGUCUCCACAACAUGGCAUCAUUAUAUGGUCAACUGGACACCACAAAGAACCUGCGAGACUUCUUUACCAUCACAGACCUGCGCAUCCGGCUCCUCCGACCUGCCACUGGGGCAACUAUGGUGGAUGAGGGCAACCUGUCCAGAUACUUCUAUGCUAUCUCUGACAUCAAGGUGCAUGGCAGGUGUAAGUGUAACCUGCAUGCGAACAGCUGUGUGUUUGAAAAGGAGAAGCUGAGCUGUGAGUGUGAGCACAACACCACGGGACCCGACUGCGGACGCUGCAAGAGGAACUACCAGGGACGAGCCUGGAGUGCCGGGAGCUACCUGCCUAUACCUAAAGGCACGGCUAAUAUCUGUGUGCCGAAUAACGUGGGUCCAGUGAACUGCGAGUGUUUCGGCCACUCGAACCGCUGCAGCUACAUCGAGCUGUUAAACACGGUGAUUUGUGUGAGCUGUAAGCACAACACUAGGGGGCAGCACUGUCAGCUCUGCAAGCUGGGCUUCUACCGCAAUGCUUCGGCCGAGCUCGACGAUGAGAAUGUGUGUAUAGACUGUAAUUGUAAUCCGUUGGGCUCAGAGAGUGACCGGUGUAAUGGCACAGGGUUCUGUAAGUGUAAGAGCGGAGCCACAGGCAGUAAGUGUCACCAGUGUCUCCCCGGAUAUUUAUGGGACAAUGGCUGCAAAUCCCGAGUGUGUGAUGAUGAGCUGCUCCGCUGCCAGAACGGCGGGGUGUGUGUGAACAACGUGAGGUGUCAGUGUGCUCCGGGAUACUCGGGUUUGCUGUGUGAGAAGUUUCGCUCCGACGGCGAAGCAGGAUACGGCUCGUCCGAUUCGGAUCGGACCUCCGAGCCGUCCUCCGUCAUCAUCCUGAUGCUGCUGAUGCUGCUGCGCUCUACCUGGGCUUUAACCCUCUGAGAAAGAAACACACACACAAACAAUACACUACACUACACACACACACACACAAUGCACAAUACAUACACAAAGCUACACAUGGUCAGAAAUCUGAGCAAAUUUGAAAGGACAUGAAAUAAAUAUAUAAAUAUAUAUAUGUAUACAAAAUUGAAAAAUAUUACAAAUCUAUUAAAAAAAGAAAAGAAUCACAAGAUGUUAUUUAGAGAAUUUAUCCAAGCAUUGCUUCAUAAAAGCGUCGGCGUGAAGGAGUAUGGUGGACUAAGCCAUAGCAGAAACUCAAAGUCACCCCUCUUCCUCUUCCUCCUCCUCCUCCUUCUCUUCGUCCUCGUCCUCCAGCCUACACCCUUUCCACCAAGAGCAAACAGGAAGUGCAUCUUGCUACUUCCUCUUUAUCGCCACGGUAACUUGGGAUCAAGAUGGCGAAGGCCUGCAACUUUGGACUGCUUUUUGGCUUUCCUCACAUGGAGAAUGUGUCCAGGUCACAUGGACUAUUUACAAAAUUGUAAAGAGAAAAAAAAAGAAAAAAGGUAAAAAAAAAACAAAAAAAAGAAAGAAAAUCAAACGAAAAUAAGUAAAUAAAUAAAUAAAUAAAGACUCAUGAGAAGAAAAAUCAUAAACAUUCUUUGCUGUCAGUGCGUUGUGGAGAUCAGACUGAGCUGCGUUUCAAAAGGAAGUCCAUCAACGUUCCACUUGUAUUUGGUGAAAAAGCCUCAACCAUCACCCCCCCCCUUUUUUUUCUCCUUUGUUUGUUUUUUCUUUUCUUAUCAUUUUACUGUCCGAUGUCCGGGUCAGUGCGGCACUUGUGUAUUAGCUGUCCACAAAUAAACCCAUUAAGAAGAGCUUAAAAAAAAAAUAAAAAAUCAUCAGCGUAUUUAAUUUUUGUAUUUAACAAAGAUUUAUUUUCUUUACGAUAAAUAGUACAGAAUUUUUUGUAUUAUUAUUAUUAUUAUUAUUAUUAUUAGGACUCAUAUUACUGAUAAACUGUGUUUAAGAGCGAUGUGUUUGUUAAAUAUUUAAUGUUUAACAAGAAAAAUGGAAAGAUGGAGGAUUAAUUUUAGUUUUUAGGGGGCCAAGCACCGAGAGCUGGGAAAUUAUUAUUUUUUUGAUCUCAAUCAUGACAAUUGAAUGUAAAACUGACAGAACGACGUGUGUUGAUGUUGAUGCUAAUGUUCAUGCUAACGUCGAGGAUGUAAAAUAAUCAGCGAUGAAGUGACUUACUUCCGUAUAUCUUUCGUCCCGUUAAAAAAUAAACAUAUUUCUGUAAAAUUCUCGUUCUCGCUGCUCGCAAAACCUCGUCUGAAAUCCACCGAUAAGAUGAUGCCAAACUCUCUGGAACUGCUCCAGAUGCUUUAGCGUUGACGGAGAAACGUAAGCGCCGCAUGCUAACAAUCAAAACAGACUCAGAUCAUUAACCUAAGCUCAUUAGCUGGUGUUCAUUUUCCACAUGAGCUGAUUUCUGGCGGACGGAAUGAUGUUAACAUACCAUGGAUUUCUUAUGCUAUCGAUCUAGGUCUUCGCUAGCUCUAAACCACAACAGAAUAUUGAAAUUUUUAGUCAUACAUAGUUUUGCAACCUAAGAUAAAGAAUUAUUUAAUACAAAGCAAAGAAAAAAAAUCCUAAAAUAAAGAGGUUUUCUAUGAUAACUAGCAAUAAAUACUGUUUUUUUCAUUCAAUGUUAAAGAAUCGUGCUUGCUUGUACGCCCUAAACACCAAGAGAAGGCUCCGGAGUCUUUCUAGAAAGUUUUUUCUAGCCAGAAAACGUCUUCGGUUGUAUUUAUUUUUCUGUGAUACUCAUGAAAACAUCAUUUUUCUAUUCGUUAUUAUGCUGGAGAAGUGUUUCAUUCCGGCCGUAUUUUAAAUUCGCUUCAUUUUAAUCCCGUGAGAUUUGACUCAGUCGUACUCAGAGUCGUGUCGAAUACGGAUCUGAAUUUUUUAGAAGUAAAAUAAGUUUUGUGCAUUAGAGUCUGAAAAGUUGUUUAAAAAAUUUUUUGCAGACCUGCUGGUGCAAUCUGCUCCUGAAAAUGAUAUCAAAUUAGACUUAAUAUUAUGGGACGUGUUCCAAUAGUCAGAACACCUGCACAGGUAAUUUAUCAUGAGGAUGUUUUCUCUCCUCAUGUCAUCAAACUGUACAUAAAUUCCUGUUUAGGUAGCACUAUGAAUAAUUAACCGUGCCCCCCCCCCACACACACACAAAUAGAACAAGACCAUCUGCUAUAUCUUUAAAAUAAAACGCAGAAAAAGUCCUGAUCCGGUGCUUGGCCCCCGCAACUCGCUGCUUACAGCUCUAUAUCUAGAUAGAUAAAUAACAUGCAGAUUUUGUUUUUUUUCCAUUUCUUUUUGAAAUUAUGCAGUUUUUUAAGUAGCGGCUGCGUGCUAGCGUCAAAGAAUCUUGGUUUACAUGAAAUGAGGCUGAAGUGUAAUGACAAAAAAAACCCCACCAAAGGACAUUCUCAAUGUUUUCUUGUUGCUUUAAACACUGAAGAAUUUAAGUGAAUAAAAGUUUAAA